AUGCUGCUGCCUUCUAGCGCUUCAUCCACAAACCGGCUCAUCUACACACAUGGCAAGCGCGGCGACGCGUACGGCGCGCUCCAGCUCUUCAACGCAAUCCCGCCCAGCAGCAGGACCAUCUUCUCGUGGAUUUCUAUCCUCUGCGCGCUUGCCCAGGCGGGGUAUCUGCAGGAGUCGAAGCGGAUCUUCGACACGAUGCCCCAGAGAAACCAGCUUGUGUGUAACAUUAUGCUUGCUGCCUACAUAAAAACUGGCAGUAUCAGCGAGGCUACAAAGUUCUUCGCUCUGAUGCCGGAAAAGAACAUUAUCUCGUGGACGGCAAUACUUGCAGUGUAUGCCCAACAAGGGCAUCUUGAUGUGGCUACUGACUACUUUGCGGAGAUGCCUUAUCACAAUCUCGUAACUUGGACGGCUCUACUCGGCGCCUACGCACGAAGCGACCAUGUAAAAACCGCAAAGAGGAUAUUCGAUCAGAUGCCGGAGCAUGACACCGUCUCCUGGAACUCGAUGCUUUCUGCAUAUACCCAGAAUGGGUAUCUGAAAGAGGCCAAGCUUGUCUUCUCAAUGAUACCUCAACCGGAUCUGGUUUCAUGCAACUCUAUUCUUCACGUUUCCUCUCUUAACGAUAGGCUGGAGCAAACCAGCACAAUGUAUGAUCAAAUGACUCAUAGGGAUCUCUUCUCUCACAAUUCCAUGCUCGCAGCCUAUGCCUCGAAAGGAUACCUGGAAGAGUGUAAGUUUCUCUUCGAUAACAUGCCAGAGCGCAACGUUAUAUCUUUCACCACCUUGCUAAUGGUAUACGCACAGACCUCAAACUUGAAGGAGGCGAUCCAAGUCUUCCACUGGAUGCCCGAGCGUAACACGGUCACCUGGAACUCCAUGCUUUCGGGAUAUGCCCAGAACGGGCAUAUCGCCAAAGCCACCCGGGUCUUCCAAACUAUGCCCGACCCAAACGUCGUCUCUUGGAAGGCCAUCCUCGCUGCGUAUGCCCAGAACGGCCUCUCCCCUCAAACCAUAUCCUCUUUCGAUGAAAUGCAAGUAACCGAGGCUCCCGACGAUACUUGCUUCGUGCUAGUCUUGCUCGCGCUGAGUCACGCCGGGAAGUUGUUCCGAGGAAGAAACUGCUUCGUGUCGCUGAGCCUGGAUCACGGACUUGAGCCUUCGAAGCAGCACUACUGCUGUUUCCUGAAUCUGCUAGGCCGAGUGGGACACCUUGAGGAGGCCGCGGAGCUCAUCACCAGCAUGCCCUUCGCGCCUGAUGCUUACGAGUGGCGAUGCUUCCUCAGCCUUUGUCACGCGAGUUCCUGGCAUGGCGCUUCUGCCGCCGAGUCUCUUCUGAAGCACGACUCGGACAAUGCCGCUGGCUAUGUGCUGCUGGCAAAUAUUCACACCUUUAGCUGA